CAUUACGUUUAUAACUCGUUGAUCGGUUUGCAGUUAUUUUUUUAAAAGUGAAUUUUUUUAUUAAAAAGUAAAAUGUCUACAAUAAAGCUUUACUAUUUUCCGGCAAGUGGUGCAGCCAGAAUUGCACUUAUGGCUGCGAGAUUGGUCGGAGUACCUAUACAAUUAGAAAUAGUGGAUUUAAUGAAGAAAGAGCAAUAUAGUGACGCGUAUUUAAAGAUAAACCCACUACACUGUGUACCCACUCUUGAUGAUGAUGGUUUUAUACUUUCGGAAAGUCGCGCAAUAGCAUGUUAUUUAGCGGAUAAAUAUGGAACUAAUGACACAAUUUAUCCUAAAGACCCUAAAAAGCGAGCUAUUGUCAAUCAACGACUGUAUUUUGAUUGUUCGAAUUUAGUUAUUAAGAUGAGAGCUAUUUGUUACCCUAUAAUAUACAAAGGUGAAACAGAAAUAAAAGAGAACCUGCGAGAUGAUUUUAACGCAUCUUUGUCGAUUUUGGAUAAGUAUUUGGAGAAUAGCAAGUGGGUUGCCGGUGAACAUGUAACUAUUGCAGACACAACCAUUUAUGCCUCUAUGUCUGGAAUAUUUGCAAUAGGUUGGGAUUUAUCCUCUUUUCCGAAUAUCCAACGUUGGCUCAAAGAUUGUUCUAGUUUACCUGGUUAUGAAGAAAAUGAAAAAGGUGCUAAAAUAUUUGCAGAAGCUGUAAAAAAGAAUCUAAAACAAUGAA